CUGCAACCAUAACAAUGUUGAGGCUUCUUGUACUCGCUGCUUUUGUCCUUUGCGGGCAGUGCUCAAAUGAUAUCCGCUUAAUUGAAGAUCAUGAACGUGUAAUUGGAGGAACUGAGGUGCAGAGGAAUUCUUGGCCAUGGCAGGUUUCUCUCCAGUACCUGUCUGGUGGCAGUUGGUACCAUACCUGUGGGGGCUCCCUGAUCCGUGCCAACAGGGUCCUGACAGCUGCUCACUGUGUGGACAGGGCUGUCUCUUAUCGUGUGGUGGUGGGAGAUCAUAAUAUUUACCAGAAUGAUGGCACAGAACAGUACAUCUCAGUAUCAAGGAUUGUGAAACAUGCCAACUGGAACCCCAACAACAUCGCUGCUGGGUAUGAUAUUUCUAUCCUACACCUGUCCUCCAGUGCCACCCUCAACAGCUAUGUGAAACUAGCCCAGCUGCCCGCUGAUAACGUGGUUCUGGCCCACAACUACAACUGCGUGGUAACAGGAUGGGGCAAAACUAGCAACAAUGGCAACCUUGCCUCCGUACUCCAGCAGGCCCCUCUGCCCGUGAUAGCCCAUUCCACCUGCUCCAGCGGCUCCUAUUGGGGAAGUACAGUCAAGUCCACAAUGGUGUGUGCUGGUGGUGAUGGAGUCCGUUCAGGAUGCCAGGGUGAUUCUGGUGGCCCUCUCAACUGCCCUGUCAACGGUGUGUACCAAGUCCAUGGUGUCACCAGCUUUGUCUCCUCCUCCGGUUGCUCAACAUACCUGAAGCCAACUGUAUUCACUAGAGUUUCUGCUUACAUCGGAUGGAUCAAUAAUAACAUCUAAAUGACUGGAAAGGGAACACAGACAAGAGUAAGAAAUGCAUUUAAGGAAGAAGGAAUGUGCCGUUGAUGUCAAUCAGUUUCUGCAAGUAAAUACUGUAUCUAAUAAAGAAAUACAUUUACAAUCAAA